AUGGAAUCGGAUGAAUAUGAAGAAAACACGAGAGGAAGAGCACUUGGGAAGCGAUUUAGUAUCCAUUCGUGUCUUGUUUACGAUGAAAUGAGAAGAUUCGGUCAGCUUUGCGAUGCAGUUAUCAAGGUAGAGCACAGAGAGUUUCCGAUUCACCGAGCAAUCAUGUCCGCCUGCAGUCCCUACUUCCGGGCCUUAUUUACUAACUCCUUCGAUUCAGUGGAAAAACGAGAGGUCUAUAUACCCGGAGUUUCAGCAGAUAUAAUGCAAAUCAUCAUCGACUAUGCGUACACACGUCAUGCAAGAAUCGACGAGACCAAUGUGGAACGUCUACUUCCGGCGGCUGAUCGGCUUCUUGUACACGGCUUAGUUACUGGCUGUUGUGAUUUCCUCGCUGGUGAAUUAGAGGCUGAAAAUUGUAUCGGUAUUUACAAUUUCGCACGUGCCUACUUUUGUCAUAAAUUGGUUAAGAGUGCAUACCGCUUCUUGAUGCACAAUUUUAGCAACGUUCUAGCUACCAAUUCAGAAUAUUACGAUCUCAGCGUUGAGGAAGUCUGCGAAAUACUGUCUUCUGACGAUCUAAAUGUGAAAAACGAAGAAAUGACUUUUACGGCGUUGUUACGCUGGAUUGAUCACGACCCCGAAAACAGGAAGUGUCACAUCGCCACUUUACUUCGGACUGUUCGACUGGGACUGCUUUCAACUCAGUUCUUUGUUGAGAAAGUGAAAUCUCACCCGUAUGUAAAGGAAAAUGCAGAAUGCAAACCCCUUGUCAUCGAAACUCUUAAAUGUCUUUAUGCGCUCGACAUGAACGAGGAAAAAGACCUUGACAUUACAAAUCCGCUCACGCUCCCUCGGGUACCACAUGAGGUCAUGUUUGUGGUCGGUGGAUGGAGCGGUGGGGCCCCCACUAAUAUCAUGGAAACGUACGACACACGUGCAGAUAAAUGGAUUAUGUGCGAUUCCACAGAUGAAGUUCCCCGAGCCUACCACGGCACGGUAACAAUUGACCUCAAAAUCUACGUCAUUGGAGGUUUCGACGGAACACAGUACUUCAACAAUGUUCGGUGCUUUGACCCCGUCAGCAAGCUCUGGUCCGAAGCCGCGCCCAUGAACUCAAAACGAUGCUACGUUAGUACUGCUGUGCUGGGAGUCUACAUAUAUGCUAUGGGAGGUUAUGACGGUCACGUAAGACUAAAUACGGCAGAGCAAUACUUCCCCGGUCGAAACCAAUGGAGUCUAAUCGCACCAAUGAACCACCAACGUAGUGACGCUAGCGCUACUACUCUCCAUGACAAGAUCUACAUCUGUGGUGGCUCCAACGGACAAGAAUGUUUGAAUUCGGCAGAAUGUUACGACCCGAAGACAAAUCAGUGGACGAUGAUUACGCCCAUGCGCAACCGACGUAGUGGAGUGGGAGUGAUUGCAUAUGGUGAUCAAAUCUACGCGCUUGGCGGGUUUAACGGAAUUGCCCGGAUGAACACGGCUGAGAGAUAUAACCCGACUACCGCUCGGUGGCAGACUAUCCCAGAAAUGUUCGACCCGCGAACCAAUUUUGGCGUGGAGGUGAUCGACGACAUGAUCUUUACUAUUGGAGGUUUUAAUGCUGUGACGUCCAUCAGCAACGUGGAGUGUUUCGACAAGAGCUCAGAACAAUGGUUUGAUGCCACCGAGAUGAAUGUUGACAGAAGUGGGCUAAGUGCCUGCAUCGUGAACGGGCUACCAAACGUCCAAGAUUACACUUACAAAGUGACAAAACCCAAAGAGAGUAAACAAAAAGAGUCAGUCAUGAAGACAAAUCGGACAAAGGGAACGAAGGAGAGAGGGAAAAACAAGGAAACAUAUGCUAAUUGUGUUGACUGGGAAGGAAAACGACCAAGGACCAAAAGAAUCUCACGUGUUGGCGCCAGAGGAAGGUCAGACGGAUUAAAGAAAGGUGACAGAAAGGUCAAGGCUGUUGCUAAAGGUGAAGAAUGUUCGGAUAUAACUGACGAAGUUAUUCACUAUACAUGUGAUCUUUGUCAAAGAGUGUUUGAUUCCAGUUUAGGUUUAAACAGACACAUUCGAGCUCAUAAAUCAAAGCAAUAUAAAUGUGAUACAUGUGGCAAAGUAUUUCGUCGUCAAAGUUCUUUACGCAAACAUGGUGUGUUGCACUCGGACGACAGUCCGUACAAGUGUCUGACAUGUGGAAAAACCUCAAAGUCCAAGGAACGUUUUACUCUGCAUUUGAGGACACAUUCAGGGGUCAAACCUUACCAGUGUGAUAUUUGUGGAAGAAAUUUUACACAGAUUGGAAAUUUAAGAUUACACAAAAAGAAUGUCCAUGCGCCAGAAAGUAUCUUUAAAUGUGAUAUUUGUUUGAUUGAAUUCGAGCAAAACAGAGAUUUGAUUUCUCAUGUUUUGACUCAUAACGAUGGUAAAAUUCUGAAAUGCUUCGAAUGUGGUAAGAUGUUUGGGACAAAAGAACACUUUGAGAAACACAAAGAUCUUCACAAGGAAACUCGGCCGUUUAAUUGUGAUAUUUGUGGGAAUACCUACAAAAAGAACUCUGAUUUAAAAUGUCAUCUCGAAACGCAUAAUACGGCACAAGGUUAUGUCUGUGAUGUAUGUGGGCGUGGCUUCAGCUACAAGUCGUCGCUAAAAUAUCAUCAAAGGAUUCACACGGGAGUCAAGCCAUAUACGUGUGAUAUUUGUGGAAAGGCGUUCCGAACGUCAUCGAAUAGAAGCAAGCACAUGUUGAGUCAUACCAAUUACAAACCGUUCAGUUGCGAUCAGUGCCCCAAGGUUUUCCGGGACAAUCGUGCUUUAGUAAUUCACAAACGAACGCACUCGGGGAAUAGGCCAUAUCAGUGUUCACAGUGUUUCAAAACGUUCAUUGUUCAAUCCGAAUUGAACAGACAUCGGAAGAACGUUCAUCAGAAUGCUGUAGAACGUGGUCAGGUCAAUGGUAGAGCUGCAGACAAGACUCUGUCGAAAUCAUCUAAGGAUACCUUGUAUGAACAAAGAGAUUCAACGACAUGUGACUCUGUUCGUGAUAACACGAUAAAAGAUAGGAUUGCUGGAGAUAAUACUGGCGUCCAAUCAUCAGUAGAUCUUCAACAAUGCGUCAGAGAUGACUCGGCCGUUAUUUUGCCUGGAAUACCUGUUAUAAGCUCAAGUCAUGUACCCAUAUCGUCAUAUCUUGACAGAGAUAACGUCCAACGUACCGACCGUAAUAUUUUAGGUGAGUGUGGAAUUUCAAAUAUCUGCCAAUACGAAGUACUUCCAAAUAACGCCAGUGCUAAUGUAUAUGGUUACGUAAAAGAUACAUUUGUAGCAGACAACAAAGGGUCUUGUGAAAAAGAUCCUGUGUCUUUCCCGUACCAAUCCAGUAAUCAAGCGGACACCACGUCGGGUUGGAUUAAUGAUUUUGAAUCUAAUCUGCGCAGUGACGUGAACAUCUCGCUUCACCCAGUACGUUAUCUCGCUAAUAACCAACACGAGGAACAAUUUGGAGAAAACGAGAACAGACAAGAAAUGCCCGUUUCCCAUGGCGUUCAGUAUGAUAGAGAUAAAACCAUCGAACAGGCGAUGAAUUUCGGUUCUGUAUCAACAUGUGACAGUACAAGACAACCGGGUGUCCCCUUACAAUAUUCAGAAACACCAGUAACGCCCAUCACAAAACGUUCACCGCAAAAAGAAAAUGAACGAACACUCGACAGUAAAUCAAAGGCUCAACCAGAAGAUUCGCCCAGACAUGAAUCAAACUGCUCAGCAGAUAUGUCUGUAGGAGAUCAAAUCCUAAACCGAGGUGAUUUAUCCAUGUAUAGGUGUGGAUCGGUACCAGAAAGCAGCGCUCGAGACGUUUGUGACGCUAGACCGGCACGCGACAGUUCGUUAGGAAGAGGUUCUCAGGAUAUUUCGGCAGAACUAGAAACAGAGCCACGAGUUAUAUCUGGAUCGGAAGGGAGAACGGGUAGCUGUGAUAGAGACAACUCUCCGCGUGGUGCUAUUUAUAGUGUUGGCGGCCGUAAAGAGUAUAAUAUGAACGAGGAUACGGAUAUGGAAAACAGGGAUUCGGAUUGUGAAAAUGAAGCCACUCUAGAUCCCACGGAGAACGGGAACGAUAACCAGCUGGAUAAACAGUCAAUUAAGUGGAGGGAGGGCGGUACGGAAAAUAGACAUACGUCUCCAGAUGCUGUGCUAUGUGAUGGGAAUUCAUGUCAAAAAGUCGAUAAAUUUGUAAAAAUUUUAGAAAAAUAUCCUAAAAAUAGAUGCACAGAUAGUAUUACACCCAAAUUCGCAAACGGAAAAAGAAAACAAAAAACAAGUCUUAAUUCCAGGAUAUAUGCAUGUCGCUAUUGUGGUAAGUCGUACAGUAGCAUUAAGGCGCUCAACAGUCACGAGAAAGUCCACAAAGAAGGACCAAACCUGAGUGAUUCACAAGUUCCUGGUGAAGUUGUCAAUAAUAAACGUACUUCAUUGCUUAACACAAAUCAAAUUAAAUUGAAGUCUAAAAAACGGGGGGAAAUUUUAUGUACAAUAUGUAACAAACAACUGCCCAGUCAAAAAAACCUACAGCGACAUAUGGUGUCCAAACAUCCAUCUGGCUUGAGCAAUACAGAAUUCAGUUGCGGGACAUGUGGUAAAAUAUAUCCUAGUAAACUCAGUCUACAAGUUCAUGUUCGGAUGCACAAUGCAACUGAGCAUGCGUGUCCAGUAUGCAAUAAACUGUUCCAUCGGCCAGCGUAUCUAAGGCGACACAUGGUCAUUCAUACGGACGAAAAUCCCUACCGAUGUCCGUAUUGUAGUAAAGAUUUUACCAGUCAAAACUUGCUAAAACCACAUAUUCGGACCCACACAGGAAAUAAACCCUUCCAAUGUGAUGUAUGUGGUAUGCGGUUCACUCAGCAGGCCCAGCUCACGAGUCACAAGAAACAGCAUGCACCUGACAAGGCAUUUAAAUGUGAUGACUGCGGUAUGGAAUUCAUGGACAAUCAGGAACUAUUAUCCCACAUUACUGCACAUGGACGGGAAGCCCACAAAUGUGUCGUCUGCGGGAAAGUGUUCGGCAGAAUGGAACAUUUUGAGAAACACAUGGAUAUCCAUAACCGUGACCGACGAACGCAUAAAUGCAUGUACUGUGACAGCACAUUUCUGAACAAAAAUGACUGUAGGAUACACGAAACCAUUCAUACCAAUGAUAAAGCUUUCUCAUGUGAGUACUGUGGCAAACAAUUCCGUCAUAAAUCUGGACUAAAAUACCACAUUCGUACUCACACUGGAGAGAAACCGUAUACAUGUAAAAUUUGUGGCAAAACAUUCCGUACGAACUCGUACUUACAUAAACAUACAAUGUUCCAUACAGGAUAUCGGCCUUACAGGUGUGUGAAAUGUGGAAAAGGUUUCACCUGUAAAAACGAUCUGACCGCACAUACGAGAACCCACACGGGCGAAAAACCCUUUGCGUGCUUGAUAUGCAAGAAAACGUUCAAGGAAAGGGCGACUUUGAAGAAACACUUGGUUAACGUACAUACCUGUUCUAUUUGUGGACAUACUUAUCGUAAUAGGUCAGACUUAGGUAUACAUGUUUUGUCGCACCAAACGUCGAAUACAGCGAGUCAAUAUGUUUCUUAAAAAAGGAUAACGAAAACAGUAUUUUAUUCGGAACGAUCCGAUUACGUCUAGUCAGUUGAAGAAAUACCCAUAAAAUAAACAAAGAUAUGAAGUA